CGGGCAGCAAGUAGAUAACAACAAAAUGAAGAUCAGAUAUUUUCACCACGCGGUACUUUUUCUAGAAUUCAUAUUCUAUGGGUAUUGCAAUCCUGACAUAGAAAGCAAUGAAGUCGACUGUAUCAGCCACCAUCAGUCAGUUCAGGAUACUCAUCUCGCCCUUAUGAGGCAACGCUCGAAAGCCAUGCAAACCUCAUUCAUGCAGAAAAGUGCAAUCGCGAGAUCAUCAAUGGAUGCGGCUACAACUGCUCAGGCUGUUUUCUUUGGAAAGCACAUUUUGGUGCGGAGUCUGGAAAAACUGAACCACCAAGCGUAUCUUGCACUCACGGCAGAGAUGACACAAUUGGAAAUUUCGAAGAAAGCAGCUUCCAUGGCAAUGAUAACAGCACAACAAGCGGCCGAGCAUGUGGAAAUGUUAAAUGAAACAUUGCGAAAUGCUCAAAUCUACGCGGAAAAGACAAGAAAAGCGGCGGAUUACGCAAAUGCAGAGUACGUGGUCCAAACGAAAUUGCUCGACAAGGCAAAGGAGCGAAUUAAGACUAUUGAACAACGCCUAGUGGAAGCACGGAACAGUUUGGCUGUGACUCGAGUUGCAGCCGAAAAGGCUGCAGGUGCCGCACAAGAGGCGCAAAGCUUCGUCGUUUCUGCUGCAGUUCUUGCAGCAUUAGCGACGCAGCAGGAAGGCGCCCGGUACGAGAGAGGCUUACUGCUGCCCCAAGAAACGAUAUUAAACUAAUUUAAAUCAUCUAAUAGGCCAUAAUUUAUUUACCGUUUGU